AAGCGCUAUACUCUUCCUGUGUUUGGGGUCAUUGUGACGCCAAUGCUUCUCAAAGUGUCCGAAAUCGUGCAUAGCGAUGGAGUUGGUGGACAAUUUACUGCAUGGACGCAUAUAACGUCGCCAACUUCUUUGGAAAUGUAACAGGGUCGUUUGUUUUAAAGACCAGAGACCAGCACAAAAGAGUUUGGAUAUUGGGCUCGUCAACCUGAACAUGUCAAACCCACCGCCGGUACCGGAGAAGUCGAGUCCGCAGGCCACUAUUCUGCUCGGGGACUGCUGGAGCUGUCGGAUGCUGUUGGGCAGUGGGCUGUUGACUUAUGGGGGAUAUGUGGGCAUGCAGGCGCGGAGGGCCAUGAGUCCAGGCGGACCCCCGUCUUUGGGCAUAGCGGUUCAGUUUAUGUUUGCUGCAGGUUUGGCUGCCUGGGGCGUAGUGGUGAUGGUUAAACCAGCGGAGAAGUACACAAGAGUAGCAUAGAUUGCAUUUGGACUUUUGAGUGAAUAACCAGAGCCACACUGGCAGAGUUAUGAAAUUCAAAUAAUGAUGAGAAUGUGCUUCAGUGAUAUUUCAAUAAAUGUUUUUAUUUGCAA